UGGAAAUAGACAUACUACUGCAGUCAGUAAUAAUCCUGUCACGUCAUGAUGUUUCCCGUGGCUAGAUACACACUAAACCAUCUCAAGAUUCGAAGCAUUCCGAAAAUUGUUGGAAGACAGAGCCACACAAAGCCUUCAUCAGAGUUUCAUGACAAAUAUGGCAAUAUGAUGUUAAUUUGUGGAUCCACUUUCUGUUUUGUUGCAUUUACGAUUUAUAUAACACAGAUGGGAUUAGAAUGGAACCUGUCUCCUGUUGGGAGAGUUACCCCAAAAGAAUGGAAGAAUAAGUAA